CUUCUAUACUUUGGUGUUUCCAAAUAUUUUGUAAAAAACAGACUGUCGGUUUUCUGGCCAUCAAACGGAGCUUUCACUUGCAAUGUGAUCACUCAGCCGAACUUCACCCUUGAUCUCUAUGGCCGCCGCCGGCGGAUCCUCCAAGUCUACAGCUCAGAAAGCUCCUACAAGCCCCAAAUCCACCACAAAAUUCAAACCCAGAAGAUCCAAAAAUCAAAACAAGCACUUGACUAAACAACUCAUUUCUCUGCUCACCUCAGCUACCUCCGCUGCCCACUCUUUCCUCAACCAAAAUGACCUCCUUCUGCUCCCUUCCCAAUCUCUCACCCUCGAAUAUCUCCUUUCUUCGAUCCCUUUCUCUUCCCCUCCGAUUUCUCUUCCUUCUGAAUCCUUCUUUUAUCGCUUCCUUUCUUCCGCCUCGGAUUUCGACCCCCGCUGGUGUCAAAUUUUUCGCAUGUCCAAGCAGACCUUCUCAAAUCUUCUCGCUGUUCUCUCACCAUCUCUCCUUUCUUUUCUUCCCCCCUCCAUUCCCCCCGAUUCUGCCAUUGCUGCCACCCUCUUCCGACUCUCCCACGGCGCAUCUUACGAAUCAGUAGCGCGUAGAUUUGGACUUGAUUCACCUGCCGCCGCGUGCCUCGCGUUUUACUCUGUUUGUAAAACAGUGAACGAGAAAUUGGGGGACUUGGUGAAUUUCGGAAGGGAUUUGGAGCGCUUAGUGGUCGGAUUUGAAUGGAUUUCACUCCCUAAUUGUUGUGGGGUUUUGGGGUUUGGGAAAUUUGGUGUUGAUAGUGAAGUGCUUGGGAAAAAUGGGUCCCUGUUAGUUCAGGCGUUGGUGGAUUCUGAGGGGAGAUUCUUGGAUAUCUCUGCUGGGUGGCCUUGUACAAUGAAGCCGGAGUCCAUCUUCAGCCAAACAAAGCUGUAUUCGCGUGUGGAAGGAUCAAAUGAGUUACUGAACGGUUCUUGUUAUCAGCUCAGUGAAAGCAGUUCAAUUCCCCAAUACAUAUUGGGCGAUUCAUGUUUCCCUUUGUUGCCAUGGCUGUUAACUCCUUUUAUUAGAUCGAAUGAGGUGGACAGUUUCGGUUCAGCAGAUAGGGAGUUCAAUGCAGCUCAUAACAGAGCAAUGGGAUUGGUUGGGAAUGCGUUUGGGAGGGUUAAAGCUAGGUGGCAGCUGUUGGGGAGGAGAUGGAAAGAGGAUUGCGUUGAAUUUUUCCCAUAUGUGAUAGUAAUGGGUUGUUUGCUGCAUAAUUUUCUAAUAAAGUAUAGCGAGCCAUUGCCAGAGGAGAGCGUCGGACGUAUUCUACGGGAAGAGGAACUGCCAAUUUUUGAAGGAGAGGCAGAUGAGAGAGGGGAGAGGAACAGGUAUGCGCUUGCUAAGUACUUGAGUAGGGUGAGCAUGAGAAGGUAAAUAAUGAAUAUAAAUAAUGCUAGUAACUAUGCUGGUCUUAGUUCUUAGUUGGUGGUAGUUGCAGCAUUAGUAGUAGUGGGAGUAAGUUUGCUUUGUUUUCUUUUGUGUAAAUAAAAGGCAGUUGCAACAUCGUUCUGAUGUUGUGGGUUGUGUCC